GGCCGCGCGUCAGUACGGCGGCUGUGAAGGCGAGCGCGAGCCAGGGCUCCUCCCCCUCGCCGCCCGCCAGACGGUGGCUGAAGAGGCAGCAGGAGGGGAUGGUGCGUUUGGUGGAGGCGGUGGCGGACGCCGCUCCGGCUCCUCCAUCCCCCCCGCCGUCGCCAUGGGUGUGAGUAGGCCCCCCCGGGCCGCGCAGAUAUGAGGCAUAUUUUAACAAGCAAAAAGUGACAGAACCAUGGCUCAGUUUCCAACACCUUUUGGGGGCAACCUGGAUAUCUGGGCUGUUACUGUGGAGGAGAGAGCUAAACACGAUCAGCAGUUCCAUAGCCUGAAACCAACAUCUGGAUUUAUCACUGGUGAUCAAGCUAGAAACUUUUUUUUUCAAUCUGGAUUACCUCAGCCGGUAUUAGCACAGAUAUGGGCUCUAGCUGACAUGAACAAUGAUGGGAGGAUGGAUCAAUUGGAGUUUUCAAUAGCUAUGAAACUUAUCAAACUAAAACUACAAGGUUAUCAACUCCCAUCUGCACUGCCUCCUGUCAUGAAGCAGCCACCUAUUUCUCUGCCUAGUGCACCUGGAUUCGGUAUUGGGGGCAUUGCCAGCAUGCCAUCUCUUACAACUGUUGCCCCAGUGCCGAUGGCAUCUAUUCCAGUAGUAGGAAUGUCUCCACCAUUAGUAUCUUCUGUUCCUGCAGCAGCAGUACCUCCUCUGGCUAAUGGAGCUCCUGCUGUUAUACAGCCUCUGCCUGCUUUUGCUCAUCCUGUUGCAGCCACGUUGCCAAAGAGUUCUUCCUUUAGUAGAUCUGGUCCAGGAUCACAGCUGAAUGCAAAACUACAAAAGGCACAAUCAUUUGAUGUGGCAAGUGUGCCUCCCGUGGCAGAGUGGGCUGUACCUCAGUCAUCGAGACUAAAGUACAGACAGCUAUUCAAUAGCCAUGAUAAAACAAUGAGUGGACACUUAACAGGUCCACAAGCAAGAACUAUCCUUAUGCAGUCGAGUUUACCCCAGGCUCAGCUGGCUUCAAUAUGGAAUCUUUCUGAUAUUGAUCAAGAUGGAAAACUUACAGCUGAAGAGUUUAUUCUGGCUAUGCACUUAAUUGAUGUAGCCAUGUCUGGUCAGCCGCUGCCACCUGUACUGCCUCCAGAGUAUAUUCCACCUUCAUUUAGAAGGGUACGCUCUGGUAGUGGCAUAUCUGCUGCAAGUUCAGGAUCUGUAGACCAAAGGUUACCAGAAGAACCAUCAUUAGAAGAAGAACAGCAGCAACUGGAAAAAAAAUUACCAGUUACAUUUGAAGAUAAAAAACGGGAGAACUUUGAACGUGGCAAUCUGGAACUUGAAAAACGGAGGCAGGCUCUCCUGGAACAGCAGCGCAAAGAACAAGAGCGUCUAGCACAGCUGGAACGGGCAGAGCAGGAAAGGAAAGAACGUGAGCGGCAGGAGCAGGAACGAAAGAGGCAGCUGGAACUAGAGAAACAGUUGGAAAAGCAGCGGGAAUUGGAACGGCAGAGAGAAGAGGAAAGAAGGAAAGAAAUAGAAAGAAGAGAGGCUGCAAAACGGGAACUUGAGAGACAGCGGCAACUUGAGUGGGAGCGUAAUCGUCGGCAAGAGCUGCUAAAUCAAAGAAACAAAGAACAAGAAGACAUAGUUGUUUUAAAGGCUAAGAAGAAGACCUUAGAAUUUGAGCUGGAAGCUCUAAAUGAUAAAAAAAAUCAGUUGGAGGGAAAGCUUCAGGAUAUCAGAUGUCGUUUGUCUACCCAAAGACAAGAAAUUGAAAGUACAAAUAAAUCUAGAGAACUGAGAAUUGCGGAAAUCACCCAUUUGCAACAGCAGCUACAGGAAUCUCAGCAGAUGCUUGGAAGGCUGAUUCCAGAAAAGCAAUUACUCAAUGAUCAGUUGAAGCAAGUUCAACAGAACAGUUUGCACAGAGAUUCUCUUCUUACUAUCAAAAGAGCCUUAGAAGCCAAGGAACUAGCACGUCAACAGCUUCGAGACCAGCUAGAUGAAGUAGAAAAGGAAACCAGGUCUAAGCUUCAGGAAAUUGAUAUUUUCAAUAAUCAACUGAAGGAGCUGAGAGAAGUUCAUAACAAACAGCAGCUGCAAAAGCAAAAGAACUUGGAAGCUGAGAAGCUGAAACAGAAGGAGCAAGAAAGGAAGACCGUAGAACUGGAAAAGCAAAAAGAGGCUCAAAGGAGAGUCCAGGAGCGGGAUAAACAGCGGCUUGAUCGAGCACAGCCGGAGGAAGAACUUCAGUGGCAAAAAAAAAAUCAGGAAGAUGAAAAGCAAAAAAGGGAAGAAAUACCCAAGAAGAAGGAAGGUGAGGAUAAGGGGAAGCAAGAAAUGCAAGAGAAACUGAGUAAGCUUUUCCAAUCCCAUCAAGAGCUAAGCAAGCCAGCAGUCCAGGCUCCUUGGUCAAACACAGAAAAAGCUCCUCUAACCAUCUCUGCUCAGGAGGAUGUAAAAAUAGUGUAUUAUAGAGCACUGUAUCCUUUUGAGUCAAGAAGCCACGAUGAAAUCACUAUUCAGCCUGGUGAUAUAGUCAUGGUUAAAAGGGAAUGGGUGGAUGAAAGCCAGACUGGAGAACCAGGGUGGCUUGGUGGAGAACUGAAGGGGAAAACUGGAUGGUUCCCUGCAAAUUAUGCAGAGAAAAUACCUGACAAUGAAGUUCCAGCUUCUGUAAAGCCAGCAGUUGAGGCAGUGGCUGCACCUAAAGUUUCUGUGCAUGAAACCACUACAUCUCUAGGAACUCCUGCUUCUACAGAGUGUACUACAACUGCCAAUAACUGGGCGGACUUCAGUUCAACAUGGCCAGCAAACGCUAGUGAGAAACCAGAGACUGAUAACUGGGAUGCUUGGGCAGCUCAGCCAUCUUUGACCGUUCCUAGUGCAGGACAGCUGCGGCAGCGAUCAGCCUUCACUCCUGCCACUGUGACAGGUUCAUCUCCCUCUCCUGUCUUGGGUCAGGGUGAAAAAGUGGAGGGUCUUCAAGCACAGGCUUUGUAUCCUUGGAGAGCAAAAAAAGACAACCACCUUAAUUUCAACAAGAACGACAUCAUUACAGUUUUGGAGCAGCAAGAUAUGUGGUGGUUUGGAGAGGUUCAAGGACAAAAGGGGUGGUUUCCUAAAUCAUAUGUGAAGCUUAUUUCAGGCCCCAUUAGGAAGUCAACAAGCAUGGAUUCUGGUUCCUCAGAAAGUCCUGCUAGUCUAAAAAGGGUAGCAUCACCAGCAGCAAAAGCAACUAUGUCAGGUGAAGAGUAUAUUGCUAUGUAUACUUAUGAGAGUUCUGAACAAGGAGACUUAACUUUUCAACAAGGUGAUAUGAUUCUUGUGACGAAGAAAGAUGGUGACUGGUGGACAGGAACACUGGGUGAUAAAUCAGGAGUUUUCCCAUCUAAUUAUGUGAGACUCAAAGAUUCUGAGGUUCCUGGAGCAGCUGGAAAAACGGGAAGCUUAGGGAAGAAACCUGAAAUUGCUCAAGUUAUUGCCUCUUACACAGCAACAGGUCCAGAACAGCUUACUCUUGCUCCUGGUCAGCUGAUACUUAUCAGAAAGAAGAAUCCAGGUGGCUGGUGGGAAGGAGAGCUCCAAGCACGAGGGAAGAAGCGGCAGAUAGGAUGGUUCCCUGCUAAUUACGUAAAACUUCUGAGCCCUGGUACCAGUAAAACUACACCAACUGAGCUACCUAAAUCAACAGCAUUACCUUCAGUGUGCCAAGUCAUUGGCAUGUAUGACUACACUGCACAGAAUGAUGAUGAGCUAGCAUUCAAUAAAGGCCAGAUUAUAAACGUCCUUAACAAGGAAGACCCAGACUGGUGGAAAGGGGAGGUGAAUGGACAAGUGGGUCUCUUUCCAUCCAACUAUGUGAAGUUGACAACAGACAUGGACCCAAGCCAGCAAUGGUGUGCAGACUUGCAUCUCCUGGAUAUGUUGACGCCUACAGAAAGAAAAAGACAAGGAUACAUCCACGAGCUCAUUGUCACAGAAGAGAACUAUGUAAAUGAUCUGCAGUUGGUAACAGAGAUCUUCCAGAAACCACUAAUGGAAUCUGAGCUGCUAACAGAAAAAGAAGUUGCUAUGAUUUUUGUUAAUUGGAAGGAGCUCAUUAUGUGCAAUAUAAAACUACUGAAGGCUUUGCGUGUGCGUAAGAAGAUGUCUGGAGAGAAGAUGCCAGUGAAAAUGAUUGGUGACAUACUGACAGCUCAGCUGCCACACAUGCAGCCUUACAUUCGGUUCUGUAGCUGCCAGCUCAAUGGGGCAGCACUCAUCCAGCAGAAGACAGAUGAAGUCCCUGAGUUCAAGGAGUUUGUUAAAAGGUUAGCAAUGGAUCCUCGCUGUAAAGGAAUGCCACUCUCAAGUUUUCUACUAAAGCCUAUGCAGCGGGUAACCAGAUACCCACUAAUCAUUAAAAACAUAAUAGAAAACACCCCUGAAAACCACCCUGACCACAGUCACUUGAAGCAUGCUCUCGAGAAAGCAGAAGAAUUAUGUUCUCAAGUAAAUGAAGGCGUGCGGGAGAAGGAAAAUUCGGAUAGGCUGGAGUGGAUCCAGGCUCAUGUUCAGUGUGAAGGCCUGUCAGAGGGGAGCCCCGAUUGUUUCACUUUAUACACUGCGUUGUUCUUCUUCUUCUACUUUUCGCAGCAACUUGUGUUUAAUUCUGUUACAAACUGCUUGGGACCGCGCAAGUUCCUGCACAGUGGGAAACUCUACAAAGCCAAGAGUAACAAGGAAUUGUAUGGCUUUCUGUUCAACGAUUUCCUCCUCCUGACUCAGAUCAUAAAACCUCUUGGCUCUUCUGGCACAGACAAGGUCUUCAGCCCCAAGUCUAAUCUGCAAUACAAAAUGUACAAAACUCCCAUUUUUCUAAACGAGGUACUAGUGAAAUUACCCACAGACCCUUCUGGAGAUGAGCCCAUCUUCCAUAUCUCCCACAUUGAUAGAGUCUAUACACUCCGGGCUGAAAGCAUUAAUGAAAGGACUGCCUGGGUUCAGAAGAUCAAAGCUGCUUCAGAACUUUACAUAGAGACUGAAAAGAAGAAGAGGGAAAAGGCCUACUUAGUUCGCUCGCAAAGAGCAACAGGCAUUGGGAGGCUGAUGGUGAAUAUUGUUGAAGGCAUUGAACUAAAACCUUGUCGGUCCCAUGGAAAGAGUAACCCAUACUGUGAAGUGACUAUGGGCUCUCAGUGCCACAUUACCAAGACAAUACAGGACACCCUUAACCCGAAGUGGAACUCCAACUGCCAGUUUUUUAUCAAAGACCUCGAGCAGGACGUGCUUUGCAUUACAGUGUUCGAGAGGGAUCAGUUCUCCCCAGACGACUUUUUGGGCAGAACAGAGAUCCGUGUGGCAGACAUUAAGAAGGAUCAGGGUUCAAAGGGACCAGUUACAAAGUGUCUCCUUCUGCAUGAAGUUCCAACAGGGGAGAUAGUCGUCCGACUAGAUCUGCAGUUGUUUGAUGAGCCUUAGAAGGAAAGGGACCAACAUUUUAUUUCAGUCUGAGCUGACUGCAAUAGGUGUCUGCAGAAGCUGUCGCAAAAUCCUUACUGGUGUGGUAAGAAACUACUGCUUGCCCUUCACACGUUAAGAGGGUUAUCAAAGCAAACAGGAGCACCUUUGUGCCUUGAUAAUUCUCACUGAAAAAUGAAUCUCAGUUUAGUGAGGAGAUUUUGCUCUAUUUCUCUAUGUGGACCUUGGUGUCAGUUUCCUGGGUUUCUGAAAUAACCUGGUUGUUCUCUGUGCUCCAGUCUGCAAGGCCGGCAAACCACACAGGUUGCUGUGCUUGCUCCACUCACCCUACUCUUUAAUUUACAUGAAGUAGGUGGUGCUGGUGUGUUUUGGAGGCUUUCUGCAGGGUUUUCCCCCUCGAGGAAUUCUGUGCCUGUUGCUCAGCACAGUGGUGUGUAAAUGUAAUGUGAAUGGAAGGAGCAGUUACGCAGUAAGAAGAUCCUUGAAGAUCUUCAUAAUUGUACUGAAAAAACUUAAAUAGUCUAUUAUCUAUAAAGAGAGAAGAUUCUAUUAGCAUACCACUUCAUGCCUCAUGUUACCCCUGAAAAUACACUUAUAUACAAGCCUUCUGCACAGAGAUGAAUUGCUCUCCAGAAGAGUCCACCCACUUGGUACCUUUGGAAGCUGCUGUUUUCUAUAGGACUGUAGGUGUUUGAACAGUAAGUGAAGGAUGAUCCCUGCUCUAUGUUGUGGUAUUCCACUUUGAUACACCUUUACUUCUGCUGUUUGGCUGUGACCACAGGUGGAUGAUCUGUCAUCUGCAGCGAGGAAGGAGGAAAAAAAUCACAGUGCUAAAUUCUGCAAUCAGUGGUGAUCAGCUAUUUAAUUGUUUUGUGCUUAACUGUGCUUGACACCGUGUUACUGAAUCCAGGGCAGCAGCACGCUGUAGCUCACCAAGGUGCUUGUGGCAAGCCAGGGUGAUCGCAGGUGCGGUGGACACAACCAGAGACAGAGUGCUUGUGAUGGUGCAGAGUGAGUAACCCAAAAGUAAAAGCCUUGUCAUCUGGGAGAAUGCCAGAGCUUGUAUAUCCGUUGAUCUCUACAAAUACACACGUAUAGGCCCAUAUCCAGCAGGCUUUCCUUGUCUGGCCAAGCACCCAGCUCUAAGUGUGCACUUACGUCUUGUUUCCUUUAAGCACAUGUGUAAGUGAUUUGCUGAGUCUGGGCUGAAGAGAGAUUAGACCCCCCAGGAGUAAAAUUCCUUGUUGUUCUGCUUGGGUUUGUUCUGUUCAUGACCUAUCAUGCAUACACUGGUAUUUUUGUAAGGACUGUAUUUCCGAAUGGGAGGUGUCAGCCUGUUCAUUAGCAUGUGGACGUUCUCGUGGAGCCUGUUGUUAGGUUUUGGUGUUCCUUGCAUGUCCUUUCAGUACUGGUUUUCACCUUUCCUGUGUAGGUGGUGUUCUCUAGCACUACAGAGUCUUAUUGAUUUCCAUUAGGAAAUUAGGAUAUAUUCUUAACGGAUAGGUAGGUACAGUCUGGUAAUAAGUGUAAACUGUGCUGGGAAGUGUCUGUGUAUUAUAAUUCCCUAAAAGACCACUGUAAUGUUUCAAGCAAUGGGAGGGGGGGAGGGGGGAGAGGGAGGGGAAAUGUAUGUUGGAGGGACAACAAAGUUUACAUUUCAUACUUUUCAGAAUCGCUUUAUUAUUUAUUUAUUGAAGAUAGUGUAGAAUUUUGUAUCAGAAAUGACAGACAUACUUAUGUAUUUUUUGAAACAAAACAGAGAAUACACACUUUAGUUAUAAACUUUCAACUGACCACAUUUUAGAGGGAGUGUAACUUCCUAGGCAUGCAUUUGUUUACCACUAACUGGCUGAAAACACAAUUAAGAGAACUUUAAGUUUCUAUUUUUCAAUGUUGUUAAGAAAAUGGUUUCAAUUAAAAUAUGUAAAUAGUACUAAACCCAUGCUUUCCUAAUUCCAUAUCAAUACAUUUUAUUAAAUAUAAUGUAUAUGGAAAUACACAUUGUUGUGGUAGGAUAAAAAGGAAAAAAAAAAGUGAUAAAAUCUAUUAAUGGAGUAACAUUAAAUGUCAUUGUCUAACCUUUUACUGCUGUCCUAAUUUUACUCAGUAGCUGUAAAUACGGUGGACACUCAUCUCAGCAGUUAAAAAGUAGCAUCACUUUUUUAAUGGUAUCAUUUCACCAGCAUGAAUUACAGCAACAACUAAAUAGACAAACAGGACAAAAAAAAAAAGUAAAAAAAUGACCAUGGUUGUGAUGCAGAAAUCCUGGAUUUUCAAAAUCCUGGGUUUUCAAAAGGAGCCUCAAAGGGCUGUUCCUUCCUCUGAGACUCAACUGGUGUUCAAAGCUGCAGGGGCUUCUCUCAGUUUGUGACCCUUGUCAUGGGCAUGUACAACUGCACCAUUCUGGGGAGCCAUAGCAGCACCAUCACUUGUGUUUUCCCACCUACCCUCUAUGCACAGCAGUGUUUAACUCCCACUAAUGUCAAUAGGAGUUACUCGAAUGUGAUGAUGGAUGAUGAAAGGCUGUAGUUUCGCUCAUAGAUACCUAAUGAAUCCCUCCCUCAUCACUGCUUUAAUCCUGAAGAGAAAGCUUGUCCUAAUCCUUGUGCAGUAAGGGCGGAAUGUAGGUGUGCUCUUGGAGCCUGUCGACUUUGCAUCAGGAUGUCACUAUUUUUUUUGCUUGCUCACCCUCAGUGCUCUGUAGCAUAUUGGCACUGUUCCCAGUGCUUCCCAGAUGGAACUCCUUUUUGCCAGGGUUAGCCAAAGGUUCUUGGAAACCCUGUGACUCCUGCCUGGUGUUCCCUGUUCAGGAAUGUUGCAGUCUUGUGCAUUGCUUUGCGUGAACUCCACAGCUUGCAGCGUGGGCUGCAAGUUUUUGCUUUUCUACCCAUUGCAGCUGCACAGGUCUGCUCAUCCAGGACAUCAUGGUAUAAAGGCUUAGGCCUUCUACUGAAAACAAGAGGCUCGCUGGCUGUGUUCUGACUAGUGCUUUCCCAGAGAAAACUGCAAGCUGCCCUAGGCUUGUUUAAUUAACCUCUGUGUUCUGAAGAGCUUCGGAGAGGGGCACACAGUAGUACCUAGGAAGUUAGGUAUCUCUUCUCAGAUGUGGAAAGUCAUCUGGCAUUACCACAAUCUCUGAAGGUCAAGCUGUCAUCAGUGCCAUGUGCUGGCUGCUGGGCCAAGCUCUGCUAGUCUGUGCUGCCGGUAUUGAGUACCCAUAUUUAUGCAGACCAUGCUUUUCAGAUGCUGACUGUUGAUUUCUGAAUGUCUCCAUCAAAUAGCACAUGUUGGCUCACAGGUCUCUUUCCAGUCCCAUCAAGAUGUGUGUAAGCUUUUCUUAAUGUUAUGCAAAACUACCACUGCAAAAGAAUCAAAGCCUGGAUAAUAAUUCUGGAUUGAAAGAGCAGAUUUGUGCAGAUGAGGAUCCCCACUAAAACACACGUGUUGUAAAUCUGUAUAUUGUGGAGUUCUGGGACUGGGUCUUUGCAUUUGCUUUGGUGAACUUCAUCUUUGCAGAAAGGCUGAAUACCAGGUCUCUUAGUUGCUAUGGUGAGAGUAACUCCAAAGCACUGGUGAGGCUGAACUUGUACAUGGGCCAGUGGCACUGGCCACCAAGAUGCGGUUUUGUUUCUACCUUUUAGCACACUCUACUAUUUUGGAGAAGACAUUUUGCUUUGAAGUCAUUCUUCAGCAUCCAACUCAUUGGCUGGCAGUCAAGCCUCUCUCAAAAUAGUGCUGUGACUUACUUUUUAAUGCUUUCUCUGCCUUCAGUUGAAAUGGUGGUCUUGCUUUGGAUGAACUGGGAGAAAAAAAGUCCUAGAAGAAGAGAGAGCAAACUCUGUAGCUGUGAGAAAAUGUGCAAUGGAAAAAGGUCCACCGGGAGGUUGUGUCCCAAGCUGUAAUUCAGAGUAUCACAUUUUUCCCCGAGGUACAUUGAUUUUUAUAAGGAGAAUAGUGUUUCUCUCUAGCACUUCCUUGGCUGCAAGUCUUGUGGUAGAACUCAGUGCCACUUCUAGAAGUUAUUAGAAUUACUUUUGAAAGAUGCUGGUAGCUGAGAACUGGCAGAAUGUUAAUGUUGUUGUGGCUGCAGAUGGGACAGGAUAGCAAAGAGGGGAAAGGAAGGAAUUUUUUAUGUUUUCCCUAGAGAUGGUGUGUGUAGUUCUUUUAAAAUGAGACCUACAAUCUCAAAGCUGAACUUCUGUUAUCCAGGACCUCAAGCAUUCAUAAUGCAACACCAGUGAUUAAUGACACACUAUGUGUUUGCCCUCCGCCUGGGGAGAGCUGCACUGGUUUUAGCGCAGCUUUGUAUGUGUGCAGGAGUUUGCAUGCACUUUUCUGUAGGACUGGACGUUUUUGGUAACACAUUGGUAAUACCUUCAGUAUAUAAAGCAUUUGUAACAGCUCUUAACACUUCUCUUUCUGGAAAUGAUUUUCUGAGAUAUGCCUCUGAGGGGCUUAGCCACUGUGUUAUUUCAAGAUGCUUUCACAAGGACUUCAUAGGCUCAUAAACAUUGAGUCAGGCUCUUUUCUUUCCUGGUGCCACUCAUGACCAUCCAGGAGGAACAUGAGUACAUGCCCUUCCAUGCAAGGAAUCACUUGCACCAGCAUCAAUAUGCCAGUUUCUGUCUUUCAAAGGACUUGUUCCCCUAGCCAGCAAAUACCUCAUACAAUUGCAGGCUAGGAUCAUCAGGAUGGCUGGCUGUCCUUUCACUUGAAUCCCUCCCCUUUUAGGACCUCGCCAUCAUUUUAAUUGCAGUGAGAGUCAGCCUCAUCUUGUCAAGCUGCCACAAGAGAGCUUUCUCCCUGUGGACAGGAGGCAGCCCUUCAGAAAAGCUUGACCACCUGAGGUCAUUGGCCUCUGUACUUGGUCAGAUAUGACUGGAGGUCAUUGUAUCCAGCACAGGUUAGCUCCCCCUUUCAGGGCUCCAGCCUGCCACUUGAGCACUCACCUGUGUUAUCCUUCCCAGCAGUGCCAGGCUGUGAGCUCCUGCUGCCGUUGCUGUGAGCCCAUUGCCUGUGGUUCAUGUGAUUAGGGUUGAGGCUCAUGUUCCAUCACCUAGACACCCUCCUCAUGCCUAGAGAUUUUCCCUGCCUGCUGAGCCUGUUGGUUCCCUCCAACCCAAACCCCGUCCGUGUUGCACAAAUGAAUGGCAACAUGCUUUGCACCUCAUCUCACUGCCAUGCUCUGUUGCAGUCUCACUAGGUGUUUCUUCUGUGCAAGUCUGGUAAAUAAAGUGGUGCUUCUGUCCUGUGAUGAAGUCUUUGGUAAGCAUCACUCCUUCCCUCUAAGCCCAGCUCCCAAAGCUCAGCUGUGUGAAACAGUGCUGUUUUCAGGACUCUUUUCUAGGCUUUUCCCUCACAGCUCAUUGUGCCCUGACCCCACAGCCCCUGGCUCAGCAAAGCACUUCAGCAGAUGCUUAACUUUAAUUUGUGCUCCAAUUCAGCACAAAGAUACCAUGAAGCCACCUGAGUAGCUGCCUGCUUUGCUGGGGAUGCAUGGAGGAGUUCAAAAGGCUUUGAUAAGGUAGAGUCUACAUUAUGAAGUUGGUUCAAGUUUUGCAAGAUUCAAUAGAGCAUCAAAUGAGAAGUCAAGAUUAGAAAACAAAAUACAGGAGUAGUUAUAAAAUACAAAAGUAGUUUAGAGUCUCUGCAGCUGGAUCUGUUUUCUUCCUUAUCAUCCCCAAACUGGUUUUAGCCACUGAAGUCACCAGAGUCAUAUUUAUUGGACGAAUCAUAAUUCUUAAUGCUCAGAAACUGCAGCACAUUUGGGAAGUGCUGUAAAAUACAAAUCUGUCAGGCUGACCUUGGCCUCAGCAAUGCCAAGUACUUUGCCAAGUGUAGCACUGGUGGAAAACCAGUCUGUAAAGCCCUGAGGUUGCACACAGCUGGCGAAGUGACUUGGGCACCUUGAAAGACAGCAUGUCACUGAGCUGACACUAAGCCAAAUAACCAAUCAACUACAGAACUUUUUUCUAGAUGCACUUAAUUCUUAUAUAUUUUCUCAAGAUGAGUUUUUAUGAGGGAACUUUUUAAAUCUUCAUUUUGCAGUUUUUUUACCCUUUAAAAAUAAACCACUCUUUUUGUUACAUGUGAGUAGGGUUGUCGGGGCGGGGGGGAACAUUGUGGCUAAUGCCUUUUUUGUAAUGGUAUUGAAUACACUUUCAAAACUAAUAUGUGACAACUCCAGACUUCUACUGCAACAGUGGUGUCUAGUUCCAUAGCACUCUGCUUGCCAUGGUGGUCCUCCAGUUAAUUCAAAUCCAACAGUCAAACCCCCUUGAAACAUAGAAAAGCUGAGAAUUAGGUUAAAUCACCUGAGUCUUGAGGGGUUUACUCUGUACCAACAUUCCACACAUAUCCUAGCAUUUGUUUAGCCCCAGCACUCUUGUCCUAUGUGCAUAGCAAUGUAUCUAUAGUUAAAUACAUGGUUCUCUAUAUCUGUGUGAAUAUUUGUGUAUAUAAUAUGAACCCACAGCUCUGUUGUCACUGUCAAAUACUGAGUAAACCUAACAGAGACAUGUUUAUAGGCACCUAGUUUUGUUCAUUUAAAUACUUUAAAAUAAGAGGAUUGUCCUUGGGAAAUUAUUUUUCUGUACAUAGGAGGAUAUAUUUAGGACCUAAUUUAAAAGACUAAAGAACUGCAGUAAAAUAUAUAUUAAACUAGCCUAGUUGCCUGAUAUAGUUGUCAAAGGCUCUGCUGUGACUGUAGCUGAAUUCCUGUGCUGCUAGGAAAGCUGCAAAAGCAUCACUAACCCUGGAUUUUGUGGUAGGUUCUGAAAUCUUAAUGUGCCAUGCAAGCAAAGGGAGCUGGUGCUUCCUCUGAGACCCCCUCCAGACAACAGCUUGUGCCCACUACAGUGAGCUUGAGCGAAAAUAGAGAGCUGGCACACAGGGGCAUGGGCAAAAAGAAAUAGGGGCAGAGUUAAGAACUGGAUGAAGAGCAGGAUAUCUGCCCCACUUCCCAAAACGUGUCUGGGUGCAUAUCAGGUGAUGCAUUGGAAGGGAAAUCCUUCCCAGCUGUAGUGGCUGCUCCAUGGGAAGGGCCUCGUGGUGAAACCUGUUCUUGCUAGAAGAGGGGAGAUUGGGUCUGCGACUGAAGCACUGCUGCAGGUGCUUGGUCCACUUACUGCCCCUGCUCUUGCUCCCUUUUGCCUUGUCUCACAGCAUCUUACAGUCUCUCCUAGGUUUGCACAAAUGUACUCUCUCCAGGAUGUCCUCUGCAGCACCACCUGAACCUUCAUGCCAGCAUGGAGGGGCCUGCACUGCCCCUCCUGCACUGCAUGCAUCCACUCCACCUACACAAGGCUCAUAGCAAGCUACUAAUGCUGCAUGUAAGUGCUCCUGCCAUGGUAAGACAACCCUUACCCCAUGAGGAAAAGACAAAGCUGCCUCCAUGGGGCAGGUUUUCCUCCAAGGCUUGAGCUUUGUUAAGAGCUUGUGCAGAAUUGCCCUGUUCCAGUCUUCGAGCUGCUGAAAAGGAGUUUAGAUUCCAUCAGCCUUUACUGAGCGUGUGAUGGGUACUUUCUACUUCGUGUUGGUUAAACUGCUGAAAUUAAUAGAUAGCUGUAGGAUUUUUUUUCCAGUGUUGAUACUUUGAAUUGCAGAAUUCCCACUCCUUGCUGAUGGGCAUCUUACUUUUUAGUGCACCUUUUGCUGCCAAACAAGUAGUAUCAGUUAGUUCCCUUCUUUUUUUUUUCUCUUCAAAAAAAGUAUCAUAUUGUCUGUUGUAUUCUUAUGAUCCUGAAAAUUACAAAGGCACUGUAAAAGGUCUGGCAAAACAGAAAGAAAAAAGGUUUUGGUUUGGGGUUUUGUUUGUUUUCAGAGAAGAUGGAAUUAAUUUGUAUUGUUCAUUUAUAUCACAUCUACUCCUUCUACAGUAAAACAUUUGUACUGUGGAGUUGGCUUUUUUUCAAAGCAUCUGUAAUAGGUAUAAUGAAUAAUUACAAAUCAGUCACCAUUGUUUCUCACAAGACUAUUUCAGUUCCUGUCAAUGUGUUGUUUCCUCAGCCACAUUUGGUUAUGUAAUUCUAUUUACAAACAAGGUCUCUUUAAGCAGAAGUCCUUGAAUGUGUUCAUCUGUUUGAGGUGUUGUGCUGCUUCCCAGACUGCGGCCACCAAGGUGGAAACUCCCAAUACAGUUUUAGGCUGUGUGAUUUGUUUGACACAGAUGAGAACUGUGGUUGUUGUGCAAAUGAAAUUUUGCAAGAAUAAACCCAUCUGUUUGGUUUUUUUUUUUUAA